UUAUGUCAUUUUAUUUACCGCUUUGGUACAUGUGCGAUCUCUGUAAUGUUUCAAUUCCGUUGAUUUUUACAGAAUUAAUCAGAAGAAAUAUCACCCAAAAUGGACGGUCCGAUAUUGAAAAAUGCUCAGAUCAACUUUCACAAGCAGAGAAAUGUGAAUCGGCGCCUUGCUCAACUUGGAGCUCCGCACACGGAAUCGUUCAGUCACAUGUUACAACAAGGACUCAAAGACUGUGUUGCAAAUAUGAUCCCCAUCCAGUUUGAAACCGCUCAAAAGGAACAGGUUCGAAUGUUUGUAGACUCGAUCAUAAUUGAAGCACCGAAAAACAUUUACGGGAAGAGAAUCUACCCGACCGAGUGUCGUCAGCUUAAAUCCACCUAUGGUGGGACAUGCAACGUUAGAAUUGGUUUCAGUGUGAACUCCGGUCCUAUUGAAUAUUUGGAUGCAGACAUGGGAGAAUUUCCGAUUAUGAUCAAAUCGGCGAAAUGUAAUCUGACAGGACUUACACCCGAGAAACUAGUCGAGCAUGGAGAACAUGAGAAUGAAUGGGGCGGAUACUUCGUUGUGAACGGUCAUGAGAAAUUGAUUCGAAUGUUGGUGAUGACAAGAAAGAACUAUCCCGUCGUUGUGAAGCGAAACACUUGGCGACAGAAAGGAAAAAAUUUCGGUGACAUGGGUGUGCUGAUUAGAUGCGUCCAACCGGAUCAGACAUCGACCGUUAACAUUAUCCACUUCUUGACCACUGGCCGUGCAAAGCUAAGCAUCGAGCACAACAAGUCCAUGUUCUACAUCGACCCAAUUCUAAUACUGAAAGCACUGACCAAUCACACCGACAAGUACAUUUACGAACGGCUGAUAGAGGGAUUCGAUGACGAUCAAUAUUAUAUUUCGAACGUUCAACAAAUGAUGCGAGACGUUCAUGAAGGUGAAACGCAGAUACACAAUCAGACCCAGUGCAAAAACUACUUGGGUCACUAUUUUCGUCAUAAUUUUUACGAAUGUCCGCCCUGGUACACUGACGAGGAGAUAUGCGAUUUUCUGUUGGAUCGGAAGGUGCUCAUUCAUUUGGAUGAUAAUGAAGACAAGUUCAAUUUGAUGGUGUUCAUGAUACAGAAAUUGUAUCAAUGCGUCCAGAACAAACACAAGAUGGAAAACACUGACUCGGUGAUGAUGCAAGAAAUACUUCUCGGUGGACAUCUGUAUCAAAAAGUUGUAGUGGAUCGCGUUCAUCGAACGCUAGUCGGACUGAUGAUGCAGAUUAAGAAGCUCUCCGAAGAAGAUGCCAGUUUUUACAUAACGUUCGCUAAAUUUAAGAAAAUGACCAUCCAGAAAACCGACAGUGCCAUUCGAAAUUUCCUGUCAACUGGAAAUUUGAGUAACCCAUCCGGCAUGGGAAUUCCACAGAAUGCUGGUCUUGUCAUCAUAGCCGAAAAUAUCAAUCGAAUGCGAUACAUGGCCCAUUUUCGCGCAGUACAUCGAGGAUCUUUCUUCGUUAGCAUGCGAACAACUGAGGCUCGACAACUACUACCGGACGCUUGGGGAUUCAUUUGUCCAGUGCACACUCCUGACGGUUCUCCAUGCGGUUUACUGAAUCACUUAACGGCCAAUUGCGUAAUUUCACCGGCUCCCGACCAAUCGCUGGUCGACGAAAUUCCUAAAGUUAUGGUCGAAAUGGGAAUGAUUGACAAACGUUCCCACGCAAACAUUGCGUACAAAAACUAUGCCGUCGUCAUGCUCGAGGGCAAAAUCAUCGGACACCUUCUGUUUUCGGAAUGUGAGAAAGUCAUGGCCAAAUUACGGCUGUUAAAAAUUGAGGGCGAACGAGUGCCGAACAUGAUGGAAAUUGCGUAUGUUCCGCCGAAGAAACAUGGUCAAUAUCCUGGCUUCUUUUUGUUCGUUGGUCCGGCACGAAUGAUGCGACCGGUGCUGAACCUUCAAACGUUCCAAAAGGAGUACAUUGGGACAUUUGAGCAAAUUUAUAUGAACAUCCGAAUCACAACGAGUGAAGGUUAUCCGGGCAUCACAACGCAUAUGGAAUUAUCGAAGACUUCGUUCAUGAGUAAUUUGGCUACUCUCAUUCCGUUGCCUGAUUGCAAUCAGUCACCUCGAAACAUGUACCAGUGCCAGAUGGGUAAACAGACAAUGGGUACACCGUGCCAAAACUGGCCGAAACAGGCCGAAAAUAAAAUGUAUCGCCUACAAACGCCAGCCACUCCACUUUUCCGCACAAUUCAUUAUGAUUCGCUGGACAUGGACGACUUUGCAAUGGGAACGAAUGCCAUAGUCGCUGUAAUAUCGUACACCGGAUACGACAUGGAAGAUGCCAUGGUCAUCAAUAAGUCAGCGUACGAACGGGGAUUCUGUCAUGGUAGCAUUUACAAAUCGGAAUUUAUCGAACUGCCCAGCACAACCGGUGAUCGGGUGUCAAGUCAUUUUGUUCGUGAUCCGAACAACGAAAAUUUGGAAAGAUUAAUUGAUACGGAUGGAUUGCCAUAUGUUGGACGGAUGUUACAGAAGGGAGAGGUGUUUUACUGCUUCUUCGAUGGAAACACUAACAAAUAUGUGACCAGAUUGUUCAAAGGCGAGGACGCCUGUUAUGUGGACAGCGUAAGACUGUGCGGAAGCUACAAGGAAAGAUCGCCAAAGGUUGCUUGUGUUACCAUACGAAUACCUCGAAAUCCAACCAUUGGAGACAAAUUCGCUUCUCGUGCUGGUCAGAAGGGAAUCUGUUCACACAAAUGGCCGGACAUAGAUUUACCAUUCACCGAGUCCGGUCUGAUACCAGAUAUUAUGUUCAAUCCGCACGGUUUUCCUUCUCGGAUGACAAUUGCUAUGAUGAUUGAAGCAAUGGCUGGGAAGAGUGCCGCCGUACAUGGUCAUCAGUAUGACGCGACACCGUUCCGAUUCAAUGAGGAGAAUACGGCGAUUGAUUAUUUCGGAAAAUUGUUGGUAGACGGGGGCUAUAAAUACAAUGGCACGGAAAGAUUGUACAGUGGCAUCGAUGGUCGGGAAAUGAAGGCAGACAUUUUCUUUGGAAUCGUGCACUACCAACGACUGAGACAUUUGGUUGACGAUAAGUAUCAGGUUCGACGAACAGGACCGGAUGAUAGACUGACGCGUCAACCGGUGAAGGGAAGAAAGCGAGGCGGUGGAAUGCGUUUCGGUGAAAUGGAACAAAAUGCAUUGCUGGCGCAUGGGGCAUCAUUUUUGUUGCAAGAUCGACUGUUUCAUGGUUCCGACAAAAUUCAGAUCUUAAUUUGUCGUAAAUGCGAAAGUAUCCUCGGACCGGUGAGCGGAAUUUUGAAAGUGAAUCGUGAAAAUAGAGCCGUUCAGUCGAAACCAAUUUGCAGGAUGUGCAAACAGGAUGACGAUCUUAGUUACAUCGAAAUUCCAUACAUUUUUAAAUAUUUGAUAACGCAAUUGAGUUCAGUUAACAUUAAUGUUCGAUUGGCCACAACGUCGAUAUAGAAGAGUGAUGCGGCAAGUUGGUAUAUGGGCCACAUUUUUGUUAUAAAUAAAAAUUUUCUUUGAAAA